AUGACGAUUUUAUUGGCAAUAGUGUCUCUUCUGUCUGCUGAUAUAUGUUAUGGAGAAGAGCAGAUACCGAAACCAAUUGCUGAGCUCAAUGUCACAUUAACAGAGGAGAUGAGACACGUUGGGUUGACGAGACAGGUGUCUGAGGAUGGGUUUACAUCUCAGGUGGGGGAGGCUGGACUGCCAGCACUGGAUGAUGCGCAUGAUGGACUAACAGCACAGGUGGUGGAUAUUGGAUUGACUGUGCAUGUGGCAAAGGCAGAGCUGAAAGCACAGGUAUUGAAGUUGGGGUUAACAAGACAGGCGGUGCGGGCUGGACUGCCAGCACUGGAUGAUGCGCGUGAUGGACUAGCAGCACAGGUGGUGGAGGCUGUUCUCGCCUCAGCAUCACAUAGCAACAUCUCGAUAAUAGAUCCUCGGCUGUUUCCAAGAGGAGCUGGAUUUUUUGAUGCAACAGUUAACGAUUUGGAUUUCAACAACCAGGACGAGCAUCUCUCUCUGCUGGUCAAAAAUGUUAAACUGCUGCGUCAGACGUCAUCAGAUACAACAAUUAUUGUACUGAGUCACCAUCCAGCUUUCCUCGCUGCCUUCCUGGAGUGGUCCCUCAAGGGUCUUCUUCCGAUAUGGUCUACUAGGCUUUUGAUCGUCACUCGCUGUUUACUUCCCGAGGUGCAGGAGCUCCACACACCUCUCUCCAAGCUGAAUGCUAUGUUGGUUAUUAUCAGCGAAGACACAGCAAAUAUCAGGUCUAGUGUGUAUAUACACCUGCCAUACAGUCAUGGAUCAACCCAGGCACUGAAGAUUGCAUCCUGGACGCCUUGUCGAGGCCUCGUUCUCACAUCCCAUCUUCCACUUUUCCCUGACAAGUUCUCCAAGUUUUCCCACGGACCAAAUUUGUUGGUGGCGGCUGAGGUGAAUCCAGCCAAUAAAAUCAUCACUAUUGAUGAUCCUUCAGCUCCUGGAGGACACAGAACAAUGUUCCGAGGUCCGGUGCCACUCCUGAUGGGAUACCUAUCUAAAGCACUUAAUUUCACGUACACUGUCGUGCGACCACCAGACGGGGAAUCUGGUGUUAUGCUUGCUAAUGGGUCGUGGUCUGGCAUGGUAGGAAUGGUGAUGAAGGAGGUUGUAGAUGUCGCGGCUGGCCCUUUCAUGAUAGACAGGUGGCGAGGAGAGGUGGUGGACUUUACUGUACCGAUACUGUUUGAUUACUGGAGGAUCCUGGGUGCUGGAGGAGAUCCUGAGGUGAACCCGUGGGGUUUCCUGUUUCCCUUGGCACCGCCGGUGUGGACAGCCAUCCUGGCGGCGCUGGUAGUUCUUGCUGUCGCUGUGGUCAUCAUGUCCUGCUUCUCUCAUAAGAGUGACGGCCAGAAUAACUUGUUUGAUGUCAUUUUCGAUUACCUGCGAAUAUUAUUACAGCAAGAUAUGAGUGUGCCAACUUACUGGUUGUGGGAGCGGAUUGUAUUGUUAGUGUGGAUGAUGGUGACACUGGUGUUAACACGAAGUUACUCUGGCAACUUGUUUGCUCUCCUGGCAGUGAGACACAUUCCUCAGCCCUACCAGUCUCUCAGGGAUGUGGUAGAUGACCCUUCUGUUAAAAUUAUUUGGGAAAAAGGCUCUGCUACUAUUCCUUAUCUGAAGUCAGCAACGUCUGGUAUAUACCGGGAGAUUGCUGAUUUAGAGAAGGUUGGUCGCCUCAUAUGGAGAGCACGUCCUCAGUUUAUUGAAACAAUAGACGUUUUGGUGCGUCGAGGAGAUCACGUUAUUAUAGAGAUUGAUGUCGGCAUAAAGGCAUAUAUUGCUCGAGACUUUACAAAAUCAGGUCGGUGUUCAUUUUACGUGUCCAGAGAAGGGUUUCUACACGUAAUGUUUUCAAUGAUCGGUCCAAAGAACAGCCCAAUUAUUCCAGCUUUAGAUAAGAGAAUAUUGUCAUUGACGGAGGCCGGACUGUUCUAUCAGUGGCUGAAAGCUGAUGAACCAAACUCCACCGUUUGUUAUCGUUCAUCCAACAAGUUCGUAGUCAAUGCUGCACUCACAGUCGCCAAUGUUUGGGGAAUGUUUGUGAUUCUCUUCGUGGGAUAUCUUAUCAGUUUUGUAACUUUCUGCCUUGAAAUUUUCCUAAAGAUAAGCAGCGUAGUCAGAUGUAAACGAUAUCUGUGUAGUCAGGUUGAGAACAUCAAACUUUGGUGUGAACCUCAUCAUGUUAACCUGAGAACACCUGAGGAUAAUAUUCAGGUUGAGAACAUCAAACAUUGGUGUGAACCUCAUCAUGUCAACCUGAGAACACCUGAGGAUAUUAUUCAGGUUGAGAACAUCAAACUUUGGUGUGAACCUCAUCAUGUCAACCUGAGAACACCUGAGGAUAAUAUUCAGGUUGAGAACAUCAAACUUUGGUGUGAACCUCAUCAUGUCAACCUGAGAACACCUGAGGAUAAUAUUCAGGUUGAUAACAUCAAACUUUGGUGUGAACCUCAUCAUGUCAACCUGAGAACACCUGAGGAUAAUAUUCAGGUUGAGAACAUCAAACAUUGGUGUGAACCUCAUCAUGUCAACCUGAGAACACCUGAGGAUAAUAUCUGA